CGAAUAAUGAAUGUUUUGAAAAGUAAAAACAAAACCUGAGAGACAGAGAAGAUUGAGGAUGAGAGACACGAAGACGACGACGACUAAGAGAUAUGUCGUCGUCUUCGUUAUAUAAUCCGUUUUGUCUCUCCAUCUCCUCUCUCCUCCUCCUCAUAUUAAUCUUCUCCGGCGAAUUUCCCUCCACCGCCGGAACUUCCUCGCCGGACACCAAAGCCGCAACCGCACGCGCUAUUAACAGAGGAAGGAGGAAUAAGCAAUCGGCGGAGUUCUUACUCGCUCACAACGCAGCGCGUGGAGCUUCAGGCGCGUCGAAUCUAAAAUGGGAUCAAGGCCUGGCCCGUUUUGCAUCUAAAUGGGCCAAACAACGUAAAUCAGAUUGUAAAAUGACUCAUUCAGGUGGGCCUUACGGAGAGAAUAUUUUUUGGUACCAAAGAAGUGAGAAUUGGUCGCCGAGGAGAGUUGUUGAAAAAUGGAUGGAUGAAAGUUUGAACUACGAUCGGCUGACUAAUACGUGUAAGUCUGGUGCGAUGUGCGGUCAUUAUACGCAGAUCAUUUGGCGUACAACCACAGCCGUUGGAUGCGCUCGUUCUAAGUGUGAUAACGACCGUGGAUUCCUAUUGGAUCCGGCAAUAAGUCGUAGCUCGCUUCCGUUUCUUCAAGAGUGGAGGAAAUGCCUAUCUACCGCCACGGAGCAGCCUCCUCCUGCCUCUCCGUUACCACCGCCUCCGGGAGGUUCUCCGGGAGAAGAGAGGUUUUAUGGGAAAUUUUCAGGCUUUUCAAAACAUGCUCUGAAGACUGAUAUUAUGAACAUACUCGAGGGCUGCAGUGUGACACCAGAUGAUCUCAAAUUCAACUAUCCGCGUGGUGGUAACUUAACUCCUGCGGCAGUUUUUGUGCAGUUCCCUUCCCUUUCCGCAUAUGAUAAAGCACUGCGGAAUAUCGCAAAGAAAGGAAAGCUAUAUAGAUUAGAAAGGGCUGCUCGUGGUCAGUGGGAUCCCAUUGUUCCUUAUGAGGGGAAAGUGGUUGCACUACAUGGGCUUCCGGUGAAUGCUAUAACAGAGGACAUAGAUAGGUUCUUAUCUGGCUGUCUCUAUUAUCCUGGAUCUAUCCAGUUCCUCACAGUCCAAGGACUUGGAACUUCGAAGAGGGUGGCGUUGGUGCGUUUCACAUCACAGACCCAGGCAAUGAAUGCAUACAUUACAAAGAACAGGAACUUCCUUCUCAACCAACGAAUCACAUUGCAAGUUCUGCAGUAAUUUCUCAGUUUCCCAUUCCAUUCUCGUGGUGUAUUCCAAUGGUAAGAGAUCCAAAGCACAUUUUUUUCUUUACUGCUGGGAUGUUUUAGGUCGAUUUGAUUAUCAAAAAUUCCAUCUGAAAACUUCAUGAUGCUAGAAAAACUAUUGUUGUCUCUCUUCCCUGGUUCAGUUUGAAGUUGAUGAAUAACAAAUAAAUGUGUCUAAAUUGU